AAGUCGAGGCGAUGCAGACGUAUCCGAUAAUCCCCUAGAUCAGCAGACAUAAAAGUCGGAAAGACCUUCGAUCGUACCUGAGACUGGCGUCCUCGUUCAAAGGAAUCAGAGAUCAACGGCGUCGACGGACUAAACAAGAGGAAGACUUCGUAGGUGACCAACUUCAUCAAACCUUCUCUAUUAUGCUCGUCACCGUGUCUAAGCAUUUUUAAUGAGAACGAAGUUAUCUGAGAAGUAAGAAUGGUGCUUACUCGAACAUGGCUAGCUUGUUUAUUAGUGGUUAUGGCUUUAACGGUACCUCAGACCCUGGGUUUAAAUCCCAUACGGUCAGUUCGUUCCGAAGAGCCGCCCAGAUUCAAGUUAUGCGGGAAUCGCCUCGCAUCUUUAGUCAUAAGUCUAUGUCAAUCUUACGGAGGAAUAGGCCGCAAACGAUCCGGUUACUACCUCAAUUCAUUCAAUGACACAAUGCCGCUUACAGAAAGGUCCAAGGUUUAUGGUCCAGCGAAGGAGCAUUGGAACCUUGUCGUCCUGGGAGCCAUGGAUCCAUUAAUGACGCGGCGGCGACGCCGCCGCAGUGGGGAUGAUGACGUCUGUUCUGACCCAGCAAUCGCUCAAACAAAACUACGUUGUAUUUGCUGCCCAACGUAUAACGAGCGGGGCUGCACAAAGGAGCAACUCUUGGAAUUUUGUCAGUCGAGCACCGAACUCUAGUAAGAUUGAUACUUAUGAUGGUGGAUGAGUUUUUUGAUGACGAGAAUUUAUAUCACAUAUCAUUUUUACUAUAUGAUUAAUAAUAAAAAGGCGGAAUAGAAAGGCAAAUGUCUGUGCUGCUCGAAACAUUGGGUGGGAUUAGAUAAAUGUUAAGAAGAUGUAAUGGAUAUGGACAUGCAUGAAUAAAAAAGCUCUGCUGCUACCGCAUUGGCCUCGUGAAUGUUUGUGUCGUUGUCCAGCGCCCUGCGGAGUUCAAUAUACUGUUGAAAGGAACAAGCAAUUGGAAAAUGUGAUUCAUGCACAACAAAAAAAGCACAAAAAAGGUAGCGAAACCAAUCAACAACAAAAAAGAGGAAUUAUUUGCCUUUACUGAUGAUCAUGGCAGUGACAACGACGAUGAUGACCACAAUUACCAUUUUCAAAAUAACAAUUACCACUACCAUAACACAAUAUGAGAAAGUUAAUUUUAAACUUACGACAACUUUACGACACGUAAACAUGUACAUAAUACGCUGUAUAUGUGCUCCCAACCCGCUUUCUGCAGGCAAGUAUAUGUGCUAAUAAAAAUGUGUUGCCUACAAAACUUGCAUAUUUCAUUUGUGUAAAAAAAAAGUCUGUUUUUAUACGGUCAUUCUAGAAAUUGUGAGGAGGUUAUUUUUGAAAAUCUGCCAGGGUUCUGGUCACUGCCGCC